AUGUCAAACAAAACACCAUCCCAGGACGUUUCUCCAACCACUGAAGUACCUGAUAUGUCAUCAUCAGACGACGAUGAUUCUGUCCAUCCGCCGCAGUUGUCGGUCGAGAUCACUGACAUCAAAGCAAGCGGGCUGCCAGAAAAAAUCGGAUUAUUCAGUGGACAAUUUUACAUCCGCAUAAAGGGAGACAAAUUCACGAAGCAAUCGAAGACUACCAAGUACGCCAAAGACGGCGAGUAUGUUGCCGUUUGGAAGGAUAGUAUAACCUUUGAUGCCAUGGAGUCCUCCACGAUUGAAAUCGAGGUCUUCGCUCGCCGUUGCUUCUUCAGCUACAAGAUCAUCAAGAAGACGGAGAACAAUCAAAGUCUCGGUGACCUCCUCGAGAACGCCAAUGCAGCAGUCGGACUUGAGUUGCUUGGGAACGGUGAACCUGCGGGUAGAGUCACGUUCCACAUUUCUAAGAGCAAGGCAGCCACGUCCAAAGGGGAUGCGUAG